UAUGAGAAUUUGGAUAGCGGACAAUAUAAAUAUCUCCCCAGCCUCAUUUAAUUGCAAUGGAAUUUUUUCUUAAACGAGUUCCUGCAUUUAGUCGAGCCUUGGGAGAUUUCGAUUCUGAUUCUGAUGAUGAUGCCGACAAUGAUAUUGAACCAACUCAUGAAGAAUUAACUGUAUCAUUCAGUAACGAGAAAAAUGAAGAAUUGAAUGUUAAUCAAGUAUUUAAAGAUUAUACCUUGAUAUCACAUAUCAUCAUAGCUAUAGGUCCAUUGACAAGUGCCUAUAUACUUCUAGGCUUAAAUCUAGUGCACAGAAAUCCAUGUAUCAUUAAAGUAUCGUAUAAGAAAACAUUUCUAAUAUUCACCAGUUAUUAUCUUCCGGAUUGCGAUAACACUUUAGUCAUUUGUAUUGAAAAUGAACCAAAGCAUUUAUCUUAUGAAUACAAGCAUAUCUUAUGUCAAUACUUGGAUCAUCUCAUUUCACCAAACGAAUAAUAAUAAUAAUAAACAAAGUAUCAAGACUAUCAAUGUACUGUGUAGUCGUACAGUCAAUCAUCAUCAUUAUCUUUCAAAAUCAAAAAUAUCUACUCCAUUUAUCCGAUAUAUACCAUCAUUUUCCACAAGGAAUAAUAAUAAUAAUAAUCACUGUACACUAAAACCACUGGAACAACCGAAUAUUUUAACAGGUUUACCAGCUGAAGCAUUAACUUGGUUUUAUUUCAAUUCAUUACCGUCCAGUGCAUACAUUGUCUUCUAUUCACCAGACGUGAGUCUAUGUGAAUGGUCUGCAGUGAAAGAAAUAUUCAAUUGUUUAGCCUCAAUAGAUGUUGAUAUUCUGCGUAAGUAUAUAUCGUCGUCCAACAAUGAUUGGGAUAAGAAUUUAUUGAGUAAUAGUAAUAAUAAUAAUAAGCUAGUAGAGACAUGUAUUACUGCUGUAUGCAAUAGUGAACGUGCAAAGACAGAUCAAAUGUAUACCUGAAGGAAAUGUACUUUCAUAACU